ACAUUGAUAUUGGCUAUAUUGGGCUACCUGACUUAUACUGGCUCUACUGGCUAUACGACUCAAACAUUAUCUGGCAACCCUGGUUGGCGCGAACACAUUAAUCUUAUUGUCCACAUUUAUACGUUAAUCUUAUUUUCCACGAUUUAUUUAAGUUGAUCGAUUAAAGCAUAAUGGAUUACAAUAGUAUUGAUGAAGAUGAUGUUGAAAAAUUACGUCUAGCUGCUCUAAUGUCUUUUAAGAAAAAAUCCAAUGUACCAAUAAAUACAAUAAGUGGUAUAUCUGGAAAAUGUUGUCAGAAUAAAUUCGCCACUUGCAAUUCUUUCAAUAACCCUUCAAGAAAUAGAGGACGGUUUCCUGUAUCAAAUAGACCCUAUAAUAAACGCAUAUAUCCAAAUCUUACUUUUCAAAGAUCUUCUCAUACAAAUAAUAAUUUAAUUGCUAUUAUACCAACUGAUGGUGAAAGUGCUAAUGAUUUAGUAUCAAACAAUUUACCUAAACCUUCUAAUUCUAAAGUAUUGACUACUGAUGGAACAAAGACAAAUGAUGUUCAUAAUUUGAAUGAUGGAGUUUCUACUAAAUUCAGCAGGUUAGAUAAUGAUUCUGGUUCUGAAGAAUGUAAAGACAGUGAAACAGAAAGAGACGGACAAGAAGAAUCAGAUGAUGGUGAUGUCUUAUCCCUUGGUGAAAAAGAUGAAGAUUUGGAUGAUCUUGAAAAGUUAAUGGAUAUUAUGGAAGCUGAAAUUAAUGGUGAAGAUGUUAAACCAUCAAAAAAAGUUAAGAAAAGUAUAAAACAAAAUAAUAGAAAUAAGAAAGAAAAAAGUACAGAGUUGAAAAUGAAAAAUAAAUUAACUGUGAAAGUUGAUGAACCAACUGUUAUAAAUCCACCUAAGGUUGUUAACAAUUUAACAUCUCUAGUUAAUCCACCUGAAGAAGAAUUAGAAUCAAUUAAAACUCUAGAAGGAGUAAGAAAUUCACCAGCACAAUGCAUUCUAUUAAAUUCUCGUAUUCCCUUAAAAUCGCCAUCACCACGUAAUAGAAAGAAGUCAAUAUCUCCUUACAGUAAACUUCGAAAAAGAUUACCAUCAAGAUCUCCUACUCCUGAUAGAUAUAGAUAUUCACCAUUACGUUCAAGGCCCUACCGUAGAUCCAUAUCACUCAGAAGAUCGCCUAGAAGAUUAUCACCUUUAAGGGAAAAAAAUCUUUCUCCGAGGAGAUACUCUCCCUUAAAGUCCCGAUAUCCCUAUCGUUCACCAUCUUCAAGGAGAAGUCGUAGAUCUCUAUCACGAGAUAUUUCGCCAAAAAGAAAACAACUGUCUCCAUUAAGGAGAAGUAGGUCUCCUCUUAAGAUUAAAUCUAAGUCAAGGUCACCUAAAAUUAGAACUAUUGUUAGAAAAAGAUCACCUAGUCCAUUAAAGAAAGUAAUUAGAUCAAGACCUGUAUCCCCUAAUAUUCGCCUUAAAGAUAAUAAAAUCUUAGAUGAUGAAUAUUUGAAGAAAAAAGAAAAAAUCAAACCUGUGGAUAAACAAAUAGAAUCCAGGUCAAUAGAUCCGGUUUUAGAAGCAAGAAAAAGAAAAUUUGAGUCCAACAAGUUGGUUGAACCCUCGAGCAAAAAAAUUAUUUUAAGGAAAACUAAUUCAAUUCAAGUAACAAUUCAGACUGAAAAUAAAGAAAUGCAAAAUAAAAAGAAUGAACCUGAAAUAAAACCAAAAACUAUGCAACUAACAAAAAAAUUAAAUAAAAUUUCACAAUCCUUUCCAACUCCUAAAAACAUAAGCAAAGAGAUGAAAAAGGAUUUGAAAGUAAUAAGAUUACAAAGAACUGUUAAAUUAAAUAAUUCUCCAGAAAAAAUAAAAGAUAAAAAAAGACCAAGAAUUGUGUUUGGACAUGAUGAUACUAAUGAUUUGCUCAUUGAUCAAGAGGGUAGAUUUAACUAUCAUAAAGAAAAAAAAAAGAAAACAAUGGUAGUAGAAUCUGAAACUUUAGAAGUAUCUAGUGCAUCUGAAGAAGAAUCUGAACCAUCAGUAGAAGAGAUGUCUGAAGAGAAUGAGGAAGACGAAAGUGAUAAAGAAGUUGGACAAAAAUCUAGUGAUGAUUAUGAAGAAUAUAUUGAAGAAGAUGAAGGAAUUCAAGAAAGGCAGCAAAUAGAUGAUGAAAAAGUAACUAUACAACAUAAUGAUCUUGUUGAUCUAAGAACAGAGUUAAAAAGAAGGAGGGCUCUUCGUUUAAAUACGAUUCAAGUAGAAGUUAAGAAAAAAUCUGAAUUGUUUUAUCCUGCUCGUUUAUUACAGUCUGCAAUUAAAGGUGUUGUAGGAUCAAGUGGUUCAAAUGAAGUAAAGAUAAAAAAACAUUCUAAAAUUCCUGAAAUAAGUAUUAAAACCAAAGAUCAAAAAGUUUAUGACAGUGAAGGAGAAUCUUAUACAAAUGUCAAAAAACAAAAUGCUAAAUUAAAAAAAGGUCCCAUGCAUUUAAGCACAGUUGUUAAUAGUGGUAACACAAUUCAAAAAGGAUUUAAGAAGAUCAAAAAGUGUAACAUUAAUGUUACAGAUUUCGAUCAGAUGUAGGUAUUGAAAACAGUUUUUUUCAACUAUACACCAGCAACGAUAUUUUAUUUUUAUGGACACAAAAUAAAACCAUAUUCAACUUGGAUGGCAGUCAACUUGUGACAACUUUAAAUGUUCCGCUGUUGCUCAUAUAUGUUUUGUUAUUAUUUUUAUGUAUACAAUUUCUUUACAUAUGUUAUGUGUUUGUUAUUUUAUUUCAUAAUUACAUAUGUAAUUAUGAUAAAUGAGUUUACCAAAUGUAUUCUGUUUAACUGGAAAAUAACUAUAAAA